GUGCUCCCAUUUUUGUUUUUGCUUUCUCUGAUUCAUACCAAAGAAGAGCAGUGGUUAUCUGCUGCACAGUCAGACCUCACAAUGCAAGUUAGUUUUACAGAAGCAAGCACUGAUUCAAACAGAAGCACGGAAAGACUGGAUUUAAUUAUCGCAACUUGCACAUCAACAAUUUCUGCUACAGAUGUGGCAGAGGAAAAUGAAUGGCCAUCAUUUUACACGUCCUUUAAGACAGAACAGUUAAUUACACUUUGGAUUUUAUUUGUCAUCAUCAUAAUUGGAAAUUCUGUGGUCUUGUACUUAACAUGGAAGGAGAGGGUUCGGAAGAGGAAAUCUCGCAUGACUUUUUUUGUUAUACAGCUUGCCAUUACAGAUUUCCUCACGGGAGUCAUAAGUAUCAUGACUGAUAUAAUAUGGAGAUUUACUGGCAACUUCAUGGGUCCCGAUAUUGUGUGCAGAGUUGUGAGAUACCUUCAGGUUGUCCUUUUAUAUGCAUCUACAUAUGUACUUGUGUCUCUCAGUAUAGACAGAUACCAUGCAAUAGUGCAUCCAAUGAAAUUUCUUCAAGGAGAAAAACAAGCAAAGAUAUUAAUUACAGCUGCAUGGACACUUUCAUUCCUGUUUUCAAUUCCUACAUUGAUUAUUUUUGGAAAGAUACAACUUCCAAAUGGAGAAACUCAGUGCUGGGCCCUUUGGCCAGAUGAUUCUUACUGGAAACCCUAUAUGACAACUGUGGCCUUGCUGGUAUAUUUCAUUCCUUUGAUCAUUAUAAGUGUAAUUUAUUUCAUUGUGAUUAGAACCAUAUGGGCAAAGAGUAAAUCACAUUCGGGGGUGAUCAUUUCCAACUGUACUGAUGGAAACUUCUGUGCAAGUUACAAUCAUCGAGGACUCAUAUCAAAAGCAAAACUGAAAGCUAUAAAAUAUAGCAUUGUAGUCAUCCUUGCUUUUGUACUGUGUUGGAGCCCCUACUUUCUUUUUGACAUACUGGAUAACUUUGAAAUGCUGCCAAAGACUCAAGAGCGCAUCUAUGCAUCUAUAAUUAUUCAGAAUCUGCCAGUUUUAAACAGCGCUGUCAAUCCAAUAAUUUACUGCAUAUUUAGCAACAGACACUGCAGAUUAUCCAGGGAUCGAAACUCAGGAAAUUUUCAAGGCACCCUCAGAGAUAAAACUGAAGGAGUAGAAAUGCAAAUUGUCUCCAAGCCAGAAUACAUCUAAUGCAUGGAUCGUCAACA